AUGGGUGACACUGCCAUAUCCCAGAAAUCAUAUUCAUCAGCAGAUAAAAAAUCAGAUAUCACACCAGAAGCAGCACAGCCCUCUGGUGGCUUCCUGUGGAGAAUGUCCAGUGGGAUAUACAGCACAGCUUCAGGAGCCGUGGGCUACGGUGUGGGCGGGGUCAAGUGGGUGGCUGGAAAAACACUAGAUGUUGGCUCUGCUGUUGCGCACAAAACACUGGACGCAGGUGCAGCCGUGGCUAGCAAGCUCCCUAUACCUUCUGUUUCAGUGCCAUUUACUUCAAAAAAAGACAAAAAGGAAUGA